AUGAGCGGCUUCCGGUUCUUGUCGCUCGUGCGGCCUUUCAUGUCCGUCCUCCCCGAGGUAUCGGCACCGGAACGAAAAGUGCCUUUCGAGAGCCGAGUCAUGUGGACUGCUAUCGUCCUCGCCAUCUUCCUCGUCUCUUCGCAAAUCCCUCUGUACGGCAUCGUCUCUAGUGACAGCUCCGAUCCGCUCUACUGGAUGCGUGUUAUUCUCGCCUCAAACCGUGGUACGCUGAUGGAGCUCGGUAUCUCGCCCAUCGUCACCUCAGGAAUGAUCAUGCAGCUCCUCGCCGGUGCCAACCUUGUCGAGGUCGACUUCAGUCUCAAGGAGGACCGCGCGCUUUUCGGUGGUGCUCAGAAACUCUUUGCCCUCAUUAUCUCGCUCGGACAGGCUACCGUCUACGUUCUCACCGGCCUCUAUGGCCAGCCCAAGGAUCUCGGUGCCGGUGUUUGCCUGCUUCUUAUCCUCCAGCUCGUUGUGGCCGGUCUGAUCGUCAUCCUCCUCGACGAGCUCCUCCAGAAGGGUUAUGGUCUCGGCUCCGGUAUCUCGCUCUUUAUCGCUACCAACAUUUGCGAGUCAAUCGUAUGGAAGGCUUUCUCGCCCACCACCGUCAACACCGGCCGUGGUCCCGAAUUCGAAGGUGCCCUUGUUGCCCUCUUCCACCUGCUCUUCACAUGGAACGACAAGUCGCGUGCUCUCAAGGAGGCUCUCUACCGUGACCGUCUGCCCAACGUGAUGAACCUGCUCGCUACGCUGCUCAUCUUCCUCGUCGUCAUCUACCUCCAGGGCUUCCGCAUCGAGAUUCCCGUCAAGUCGAACCGAUUCCGCGGUCAGCGCGGAACCUACCCCGUCAAGCUCUUCUACACGUCCAACAUGCCCAUCAUGCUCGAGUCGGCGCUCACCUCAAACGUAUUCAUCAUCAGCCAGAUGCUCGCCUCUCGCUUCCCUUCCAACCUCUUUGUCAAGCUUCUCGGUGUCUGGGAACCUCUGGAAGACAGUGCGCAGCUGCACGCCGUCGGUGGAGUCGCCUAUUACAUGUCGCCUCCGCACAACUUUAAAGAGGUGGUGGGCGAUCCGAUCCACACGGCCAUUUACAUUGCUUUUACGCUCACCGCGUGUGCACUCUUCUCCAAGACCUGGAUCGAAGUCUCGGGCUCCGGCCCACGCGAGGUGGCCAAGCAGCUCAAGGACAACCAGAUGGUCAUGGCCGGUCACCGAGACGCCUCCAUGUACAAGGAGCUCAAGCGUGUCAUCCCUACCGCCGCCGCUUUCGGUGGUGCCACCAUCGGCGCUCUGUCGGUAUGUGCUGAUUUGAUCGGUGCUUUUGGCUCGGGUACGGGUAUCUUGUUGGCCGUCACCAUCAUCUACUCUUACUUUGAGAUCGGAAUGCGAGAAGCUGGUGGUCCAGAGAUGGCUGCUAUGGGCGAACUCUUCGGUUGA